AAGAUGCUAUUUGAGCCGAGGAGCUCCUUUGAACUGGCAUUUUAAUCAUGAGAUUUGAGCCUCCACCUAAGCUGGAAGUGUUCCAAAGAAACUUAAUUUUCACAUGAUAAAUAAUUUUUACUCUACGAAGUGUGUAAAACAUCCCGAUGAACAACAACCUGAAAGUACCAAGUGCAGCUUCCAGGCUGGCCCAGCUGCCUGUGGUUCGCUCAGUUUGUGCCACACUGUCAGUGCUGUACACAGAUACGAAAUGCUACAAUCCCAAUCUCAAGUCUGUUUGUGAGGCACUGGAGAGCAGAGUGAGCUCCUUAAGCACCGUGGCCUAUACCACAGUGUCACCUGUCUUCAUUAAAUUUGAGCCACAGAUUUCCAUUGCAAAUGAUGUUGCUUGCAAAACUCUGGACUGGCUGGAGACUUCCUUCCCUGUGCUGCUGUCACCUACAGAUGAGGUUGCUGCUGCUGCCAAGAACAAAAUGCAUGAGAUUCAGGACGUGGUGAGUAUUGUUGCCAAAGGAACUGUGGACUGUGUACAGCACACCAUCACAUGGGUGACAAGCAGGAUGCUUAAGGUUGAUGGUGGAGAGAAUCAACCGGUGGUGGACAGAACCGUCAAUGUAGCUAUUGUGGGACUGGACUUUGCAUUGAGUUUGUUGGAGGGUCUGAUGGAUCAGGUGCUUCCCCCCAGUGAAGAGGACAAAGAAGGGGCUCGCUUGGAGGGUUUUGAGGCUGCCAAUCACAGGGGACGUUACCCUGGAAGAAUUAUUUCACUUGGUACCAAACUGUGUAGGAGGACCUGUUACUUAGUUGGCUCCAAGAUCCAGACUGUUGAGGUCAAGAAGAGUUCAUCCAGAUCUUCUACUCUGGUUCAGGACCUUCAGACCACCUGCCUGAGUCUGGUGUGCAGUAUCCGAGGACUGCCACACUAUGUGCAGCAUCGGGCUGUUGCUAUGUUUUUCUUCAUCAACCAGAUGUACGCCUUGAGCUGUCCAUCGUCUCAACAGAAGCCAACUCGACGCAUAAGUCGUCUCAGCAGUGCUGCCGAGUCUUCCUCAUCUUACAAGGAGCCGGUUUACCCACAGACCACACCUGCCUUCCGAAUGAGACCCACCAGGACAUUUGCUUUUGACACUGGGUUUAAUGGAAAAGGAUAUGUGCGUCGUUGAUGUGGGCCACUGUAACUCGUCAAAAGUUAAUAAAAGUGAAAGUAAUUAUUGGUUAAAAUAAAGAUUAAUGUACCUUG